GCGUGUUACCCAGCAGCACGCGCGCGCGCCGCUCGGGCCUCUCCACGCUGUGGUCGCCGCCGUGGUGGCCGCCGUCCGGCCUCGGAGCGGAGAUCCCGGCUGUGUGCGGUGUUAGAGAGGUCGGCCAGGCUCCCUGAAGAUGGAGGGCCCUCUGUCCGUGUUCGGGGACCGCAGCACUGGGGAAGCGAUCCGCUCCCAGAACGUUAUGGCUGCAGCUUCUAUUGCCAACAUUGUUAAAAGUUCUCUUGGGCCAGUUGGUUUGGAUAAAAUGUUGGUGGAUGAUAUUGGUGAUGUGACCAUUACUAAUGAUGGGGCCACCAUCCUGAAGUUACUGGAGGUAGAACAUCCUGCAGCUAAAGUUCUUUGUGAGCUGGCUGACCUGCAGGACAAAGAAGUUGGAGAUGGAACUACCUCAGUGGUGAGAGGCUCCCUGGGACUGCCUAGAGAACAGUCAGGAGAGUUGAACCCAUGGCAGAAUCUAGGUCAGAAAUGAGUCAGGUGUUUACGG